UUGCAUAAAUUUGAUUCCAAUUCAUGUUUAACGCUGAUGCACAAACAUACUUUCUACACAAAUAAUCCUACACAAAAUGCAGCACACAACCAGAGAAACAUUUGCGUCUAGUAACGAGGCCUGUCUGUGAUGCUGGCCCUGGGUGGAGCAGAUAGCGGUGGAUGUCGUGUAGUGGGGCGGAAUCUGUGGUACCGCUUCUGUCUGGAGACUGAUCUCUCCCGGAAGUGGGUGGUUAAAUCGCCACUCGGUCACUGCUGGCGAUCGCUGGGAUGAAGGAGAGUCAGGGACAUUCUUGUGGCUGACAAAUAUCUUACGACACAUUUGUGAAAUUUCAUUUUUAGCAGAUUUGUUGCGGUGCAUCCGCAGAACAUCACAAACGCUUAGAAAAAAAUCCCAGACACUCCGCCGCCAAGAUGAUGGAGGAAAUUGACAGAUUUCAAGUGCCCACUGAGGCAGAAAUGCAACCUUUUGAUCAAGCAUCGUCAACCACAUCAGAGGCAGACUCAGAUAACAGAGAAAGUGAACCUGCCACCCUAAACUAUAAACCUUCUCCUAUUCAUAUGAAAAUAGACAAACAGAGAGAGCACGUUCGGAAGGGAUCGCUGAAAAAUGGCAACGCUGGAAGCCCCGUCAAUCAGCAACCCAAGAAAAAUAAUGUGAUGGCCAGAACAAGGCUAGUGGUUCCCAAUAAAGGCUAUUCGUCUUUAGACCAGAGUCCAGAUGAGAAACCUUUAGUUGCUCUAGACACAGACAGCGAUGACGACUUUGACAUGUCUAGAUAUUCCUCAUCAGGAUACUCUUCAGCCGAGGUGAGGUCUCUAAGGGAACAGCAGAUAAACCAGGACCUGAACAUCCAGCUACUGAAGGAUGGAUACAGGCUGGAUGAGAUUCCUGAUGAUGAAGAUCUGGACCUCAUACCACCCAAAUCUGUCAACCCAACUUGCAUGUGCUGCCAAGCCACCUCCUCCACUGCUUGUCAAAUCCAGUAAACACCCUUACUUAUUGCUCACUUUCUCUAAUUUUUCUUCUCUCAUUAUAUGUCAUAACCUCAGACAAGACACUUAGUCAGUACUACAGAAGGAAAUGUACAGUGAAGGUUAUGAUAAACAUGAUGUACAGAUAAACACAGACACACACAUAUUACAUGUGCAAAUACACACAUACAUUUACUCUAACAUAUAAUUAUUAACAUGAAUAUUAUUGGUUGCUUCCUCCUAUGGCAGGAUAUGCACUGUUUGCGAAUAUGCUAGGUGAGUCUGCUCACUUUCACUUUCUAGCGAGCAUUGUGUUAUAUUGUAAGUGAACGUAGAACAAAUUAAGCAUUGAAAUGACUUGUGAAUUAAAAAAACUUGAUGUUACAGAGAGUUUAAAUAGUUUAUCCACUGAUUUUUCGGCUUUCAUGAGGCACUCAUUGCAUAACUUUGUCGUUAUGGUAGGUUUUGAUUUAUUAUAUGGAUCUGGUUGGAUGUUUAUUGUUAGUGGCUGCUGCUGAGUCUAUACUUGGUUAUGUUUAGGUUGAACGUUUUGCAUGUUGGUGCAUUCGUACUGCAGUGCUAACAGCAACCUCGUCUGGCACGCACUUUGAACGUCACAUUUUGUUUUGUUUUACUCCCUUUUUCAAAAUUUGGUAAUGUUUGAUCUGACAUGUUUAUUUAUUUAUUUGAAUGAUUUACAUCUGUAUUAUAUCAACUUUAUUAUCAAUUUUAUCAACUAUUAACUGGAUUAUAUAAUUAAAAAAGAAAACAUAUUUCUACACUGUAAAAAAUAUCAUUUUAAAGUUUAAUGAACUUGAAUUUACAAUUAAUUUCAACUUUCUUGACUAGUGAGGCAUUGCUAUAAAUGAAAAAUAAAUUAUAUAAAAAUAAAGUUGAAUUAGCUUAAGUUAUUUCAACUUUAUUUUUAUAAUUUAUAUCUACUCCUCUAAAAGGUUGAAAUUAAUUGUAAUUUUAAAUUGAUUAAACUUAAAAAUUUAAAUGCAACAAUUUUUUACAGUGUAUGGCAGUGACUUAUUUGGGAACCUAAAUGAUUUUAACUUAUUGGUCACGUGUCAAGGCCUGGACUGCUGUUAUUUAGACAGGAUGUCCAAAAUGUUGUUAGAUACUUAAAGCUAUUCUAUGAAUGUUUAGAUGUCUCAUGGUAAUGAAAAAAAAACUGUAUGAUCUGAUGGCCCCACCAAAGAAUGUUUGUUUUUUCUUUUGGACUACUCUGCCUUUUUAAUUUAACAUUUCAUAUACAUAAUACUAUACAGUAUGGUCUCAUUGAAAACAGUUUUGACACUGUGGGCUGUUAGUAAACAUAAGGUUUGCUUGUAUGUCUUUCAAAAUGAGAAAUAUUAACUUUCCUGGCUUAUCUUAACAGUAAACAUUAUUAAAAUUAUUUAAAGGUGCAGUGUGUAAAUUUUAGCAGAAUUUAGUGAAUUGCAACCAACGGCUCAGUCCACUGCUCACCCCUUGCUUUUGAAAUGCAUAGAGAAGCUACGGUAGCCACCACCAGAAAAACAUGUCAUCGUCGGAGACAACUUAAUAAAAAAGUUUGUCCAUUAAGGGCUUCUGUAGAAACAUGGCGUCACAAAAUGGCGACUUCCAUGUAAGGGGACCCUCUGUGUAUGUAGAUAAAAACGUCUCAUUCUAAGGUAAUAAAAACGUAACGGUUCAUUAUGAACUCCUGAUUAUUUUGCAUUUCUGUCAAGAGAUCCUUCUAAAAAUUACACACUGCACCUUUAAGGUGGCAAUGGUAAAACGGCAAUAUUUGGGUUUUCCCUUUGCAACAAUACUAAAUCCAUGUAAAGGUUGUACUGUUUUCUGAAGCUAAGAUUUGCAUACGAACAUCUUUGUUAUAUUUACACAAAUUGUAUGACAUGAAAUGCUCAAAUUCGCAUUUUGGUCAGUUUUACCUGUGUAAUGACCCGAUGUAUUCAAUUCAAAGCAUAAUCUAAAAUAAGGAUUUGUUGAUGAUCAAAGCUGUGUUUUAUGUCACAAAUUAUGUGAGAGUCCAUUUAUGUAUUAACAAUGUUGUUGGUUUCAGUGAUAUCAAUAAAAGCAGACCUGAAUUGCA